AACAAGAAGAAGAAGAAAUGUGCUUCACCUCGCCGGAGAGCGCAAAAGCUCACUAACAGAAAAAGAGAAGGAAGAAGAAAAAGAGAAAGGAAAUACUGGGUCGCGCCCAAGAAAGAUAUGGCAGAAGUGCAGAUUCGUCGCUAUGAGGGAGAUGAUGAUGAAGACGUGAAGGAGAUCUUCACACUUGGAAUGAGCGAACACGUGCCAUCUUCUUGCAUACAUGUGCUGAAACAGCCGUCCAUCCAGAUGUUGCUAGCAUGUGUGUUCUGUGCACUUCUUGCCAGCUCAAAGUCCAUCUUGCUGCCCAUCUUGGCUGUUACGCUGCUGCUGGCUGCAGGGCGCCAGGGAAUCAGUUAUAUGUUCUCCAACUACAUUCAAGUUUCCUUUAGUAAAGACCUUAACAAUAUACAGAAAACGUAUAUAAAAGCGCCCAACUCGUGCUUUUGGGUUGCCGAGUGCCAGGGUCGGGUGGUGGGAACAGUGGCGUGCCUCCCUGCCGAGCACAUUGAGGGCUGCCUGGAGCUCAAGCGCAUGUCAGUGAAGCACUCUCACCGUGGCAGGGGUAUCGCUAAAGCUCUGUGCCGCACCGUGGCCGACUUUGCUCAGGCGCGGGGCUUUACAGGUGUGGUACUCUAUACUUCAGUUGUCCAGACAGAUGCUCAAAAGCUUUAUGAGAACAUGGGUUACAAGAAGAUCAGAGAGUUUGUCGUGCCAGAAUUGCUUGCUAAGCUCACCAACUUCACUUUAUUUGAGUACAGGCUUGACCUACAGCGAGCUGAAAAAUAAAUGAAAAAAAAUGUGAUGAGCCAUUCACUUUUUCUAUUUGUGUAUUUCAGUUAAAGUAAACACUAAAAAUACUUGAAUGUGGAAGGAGAUGGUUGUAAGAUUUUAUGUUUAUAGAAUCAUUCCAGGGUGAAGAUGAAAAUACAUGAAAUGAUGGAACUUCUGUCUACAGUUAACUCAGUAUAAAGACAUUAAUAUAAAUCAUGACCACAGAUAUCCUGAGAUACUUAUCCCAAAGAUAUUCAAGUACAAUUGACCUCUGUUUUUCUUCAGAUUGCACUUUUCAGCUCACAUUCUUCUGGUUUUGCAUACAGUAUAACCCAUUUGAAGUGUUGAUUAAGUGUUGUUUAAGUACUGAUUGAGUGUUUUAUAGUCUUACAGGAUUUCAGUUGAUAGAUUAUAGUUCUUUUAAGGACAGAGUCACCAGCAGGCACAGUCUAUUAGGUACUGUAUUUAGGUCUGUAAAGGCAUCUGUACUCAUUAUAAGGAAAUAACAUUUUAACCAUUCACUGUAUGUCAUUUAAAAAGUAAUAAACAGCAGUAACAGAUUUCUGUGCUAAUCUUCACGUAAUUAUUGCACUGACCUCUUAGCAUGCAGUCGAACAUGCAUUAAAUAAAGCAUAAUCUGCCUGUAAUUAAAACCUUUUUAUUCAACAAAAA